AUUUUCGUGUACAAAUCUAAAAAGGAAAUUUUAGCACAAUAUAUAUUUUUUUUUAUAAGAAGUUUUAGGCUCGGAACUCCUGUAAACAAACGUCUCGCCAAACAUUCGGAAGAGAAAACACUCCUUAUCCUGUCGCUCGAGAUUCAACCCGGCAUUGGACCGUUGAACCACAGAACCGCUGAACCGCUGAACCACUGAGCUACUGAACCACCAGCGCCUCUCGUCGACGUGAUGGAUCAGCAGCAGCAGCAGCAGCAACAGGGAGCUGGCAGCGGGGCACAGGUCAACCGCGCCUCUGGAGUGCCACUCUCCGAUUUCCUUCUGCAACUUGAGGACUACAACCCGACGAUUCCAGAUGCUGUUACAGCCUACUAUCUCAACUCUUCAGGCUUUGAAGCUGCUGAUGGAAGGCUCGUGCGCCUGAUCUCCCUGGCGGCGCAGAAGUUCAUCUCGGACAUCACCAACGACGCCCUCCAGCACUGCAAGAUGCGCGGGUCCCAGCAGUCCAGCAGUAAGACGAAGGGUAAGGACAAGCGCUACACCCUCACCAUGGAGGACCUCACCCCCGUGCUGGCCGAGUACGGGAUCUCCGUCAAGAAGCCGCACUACUAUAUCUGAGGGCCCGAGCCUGCUUAUGCUCUGCUGUUCGCGUGUGUUCGUCUGGUUUCGUGUAGAUGGGAGUGUCAGUGAAGUGCGGUCUCUUUGUUUAUUUAUGGUUUGCUGUUUGGUUGGGUCUUGUUUAGGAGUGGCUGUUGUUGUUUUUUUGGGCGGUUUCAUUAGUAUUGGUUAUUAUUAUUAUUAUUGCUUUCAUUACUGGUGUAGUUUGGUCUUCCUUUUAGGAAAGCGUUCUUGGCUAGGAAGAUUCAUUACUUUGGAUAAUGAUUAGUUACUCUUAUUAACAUUAUUUAGUUAUUUUGUGGACCUCCUAUUCUUUAUUAGCCUUUGCUCCCUUCUCUCAUCAUGUUCUUCAGUGUUUCACGGCACUAACUGAUGAGAGGCAGAUAUAUUUAGUCCUUAAUAUGUAUGUCUUUUAGAAAAAGAGGUUUUUCAUCUUUUUCUCUAUAUUUCUAUGAAGAGAUUGAUAGGAUUUUUUUAUAAGCCUAACAUAUUUUUUUUUUCUAUAGUUGAAUAUUAAUCCACAUUGCAGUUCGUUGUAUUUGUAGUUUAGAAAACUUUUUGGGUGUAAUUAAUACGAAGUUUGAAAAGAUCGGUUUCUUACGAAGAAAAUUGUAAUUUUGAAUGGAAGUUGAAUUAUUGUGUAUGGUAAGCAGAUUGUGUAUGGUAAUAAAAAUAUUAAAAAACUCU